AUGCCGUCGUCGUCGUCGUCGGUGCCGGUGAGGCCGGAGAACGCCGCCGCUGCGACGCCUGCGACCGCGAGCAACACAUUCCACGUGCUUAACUCUGGCAGCGGCGCCGGGGGACACGCGAGCACCGGCGGCGUGUGUGCGCGGCCUUCCCAAGCCGCCGCGCUGCGUUCGCCACCGGUGCGCGCCGCCAUCGCUGGCUACGGCGGCUAUCCAGCCACCGGCGCCGUCGCCUUCCCGGCGCGCACUCCCAGUGGAGCACUAGGCCCGCAGAUGCUGCAACAGCUUAUGAUCUUGGCUGGCUGGGGUACUACCCGCCCGCCAUGGCUCCAGAACUACGCGUACAUGUCCCCGCGGGGCGGCCAGUCGCUGCUCCCCUCUCCCUCUCCAUCCGCGAGACCCAUCCGGCCGCCGUCGUUCGCGCCGGGAGCCAGUGGCAGCAGCGUUGGCGCCCGUGGCGCCGUCGCCGUCCAGAGCAGUUCCGCCGCCGGUGGUAGCAGCCGCAAACCGCCAAACUUGGCGCCACUGCAGAUUACCGCCGCCGCUGCCACCGGCACCGGACCAGCUAGAAAGAAGAAGGCGCCGCCCGCGGGCGGCAACGCAGAUGGUGCGGUGCAACCCCUGCCCCCAGUGCUCGCCAUGCCGACGACUGCCGGUGCCCAAGGGAAGGUUGCCGCCGCGGCAAAUGGUCGCGUCCGGAAGCGCGCGUCCAAGGACAAGAACAUCAAUCAGCCGGCGUCGUCCAAGAAACCGAGGCAGAGGGCCGCCGGCAAGCAGAGGGCGGCUGGCAAUGACGCGGUCGCGGUCGCGCCUGGCGCCGGCGACAACCAGCCGAACACGGAGGCGAGGGGCUGCGCGGUGGCGGCGCCGCCGGUGAAGAAGCACACCGUGCUGACCUGGCUGAUCGACGCCGGCUUCCUGUCCGACAGAGAGAAGGUGUUCUACGUCCCAGGGGACGGCGGCGCCGAGAAGGUGGUCUCGGGCGCGGUGACCCGGACGGGCGUGCACUGCAGCUGCUGCGACGCCGCCGUGCCGCUGCCGGUGUUCGCGGCCCACGCCGGGCGUGAUCCCGGGCAGCGGCCGUGGGAGAAGCUCCUGCUCAUCUCCGGCAACUCCCUGCUGCGGUGCAUGCAGGAGGCGUGGGAGAAGGAGAGGGUCAAGACCUUCCAGUGGCAGGAGAAGCUGAGAGCCGCGAUGGAGCAGGAGAAGGAGAAGAGCUCGCAGCAGGCCAAGAGGAGGCUGCUGACGAAGCAGAAGAAGGGGGUCCUGGAGAGGAUCGUGUCUCCGUGGAUGAAGGUGAGGUCAGGGGAGAAGAAGGACUCGAGCGAUGACGCCUGCGGCGUCUGCGCUGACGGCGGGGAGCUCCUGUGCUGCGACAGCUGCCCCUCCACGUUCCAUCCAGAGUGCCUCGCCAUCAAGGUUCCGGAGGGCUCGUGGGCGUGCCACUACUGCCGAUGCAUGCUCUGCAUGGCCAACGAUGAUCAGGGCCUGUCCACAUGCCAACGAUGCAGUGGCAAGUGUAAGCAUCUCUCCUUCGCUGCCUCUGAAAUUUCUGACUUUUCGCUGAAGAUACCUCUGUCCGCCCAGCUGUCAGAUAUGAUAGGAGUAACGAACCCGACUGAAGAUGGCUUCUCAUGGGCCCUCUUGAAGAUUCAGAAAGAUGAACCGGUCAGUUCCCAGGACAUGCCUGUUGUCCUUGAGUGCAAUCUGAAGCUUGCAGUGGCGCUUGGCGUGCUGAAUGAGUGCUUUAACCCCGUGAGAGAUCGAAGAACUAAGAUUGAUAUGCUCCAUCAGGCUGUUUAUAGCCUAGGGUCAGAGUUUAAACGUCUAAGCUAUGAAGGAUUCUACACCAUGAUUCUAGAGAAGGAUGGAGAAAUCAUUUCAGCAGCCUUGCUGAGGUUCCAUGGCAGAAAACUGGCGGAGAUGCCUUUUGCAGCCACGCUGCCGACUUACCGGAAACAGGGAAUGAUGCGUCGCCUUGUCAAUGCCGUCGAGCAGGUGUUGGCGUCAGUGCAAGUGGAGAGGCUGGUGAUACCAGCUAUCGCUACUUUAGUGGACACAUGGAAGAGAUCCUUCUCCUUCAGGCCUAUAGAGCCACAGUUCAGGGAGGAAAUCAAGAGGCUGAACCUGGUGGUGAUCACCGGCACCACCCUGCUCUGCAAACCCAUAGCGGCGCCACUGACCGACGACGAGCUGGCGUUCCUGGAGAUGAAGUCGUUCUGCAGCUUCACCGACCUGCUCACCGGCAACGUGUCCCUGCACAAGCUGGUCGCUGGCCACUCGUCGUCGGUUCCCUCCGCGUCUCCUGGGAGCAGCAGCGCUGCCGCCCCACCGCCGCCACCGGCCGGCGGCUGGCGUUCUUGCGGCGAGGCGAGUGCGAUGGCGCUCCAGCCCACCUUCGCGCACGGCAGCGCCAGUAAUCUUCUCCAUGGCAUGAAGUGAUGCAGAUGCCUAGCUGUGCCGGAGCUCAAAAGAUCGUGCACACAAUCUGGUGUACUUGUUUGCACCUGGCGAUUCCGUAGGCUGUGGGGAGAUUGCA